AUGGACAGCCUCGAUCUGCCCACCCACCAGCUCAUCCUCGACGGCUUGGCCCUCAACCUCGCCGAGGACAUCGCAAACGUCCCUUCGGCCAGAUCCAAGGUGCGCUCCGUGUUUGCCCAGUCCGCAACCACGAGCAAGGUCACCACCGGUUCCAAGCUCUUCCUCUCCGCCUCGGCCGCUAGGACCCAGAUCAGCCUGGCACUCUUUGCCUCCUCCAUCUCCUCGGCCUCUCGAUCCACCGAGCACACCACCGACAUCAAGAACGAUGAGCACCUCGGCCCCGUCCUCGACGAUCUCGAGCACCUGCUUCGACAGCUCACCCUCGUCGACUUUGACCACGAGAUGAGCUGGUCCGACCACUCGCUCCCCGAUCAGCUCGCCUUUGCUCUCGUCUCGAGCUUCCUCCGCGUCUCCAUCAACGCCCCUCAGCACCGCGCUCGCUGUGUUGCUGCCAUCCUUGACCUCACCGCCAAGCUCAGCGACGCGCUCGGUGCCACUGCCGGCGAUGCGCACACCGUCGUCGUCAAGCUCGUCCCUCUCUUCAAUGGUCUCUACAGAGCCAUCGCUUCCACUUCCUUUGCCUGGAAGCUGCAAGAGUUUGCUCGCCUCGCCGAUACCCUUAACCCCAUCAUAGGCUCGGUGCAGACCGUCAGAAGGCUCAACGAGGUCCUUUUGCUGCUGGACGACCAAUUCGACAUCCGCCAGCAGGCCGUGCGUGCAACUCGCCGAGCACCCAAAGUGGCCACCGUCAGACCCACCGACGACCAGUCGGAAGCCAGCGUCGACACCUUCUUCUCUGGUGACGAAGACGAGGAUGCCGACAUUGUCGGACCCGAAGGCGGAUUCACGUUCGCCGACAACGAUCCCUCGGCCCAGGAUGCGCAGGAUUUCCGCAUCUCUUUCCUCGCCAGGUACCGUUUGUCUGGCGUCCCUCUUUCCGGCCACUAUGUGCUGCUGUCCUCGAUCGAUAUCCUCGACACUACCUUGGCCCAAGCCCUCGCCGUCAAUGCGCGCCCUCCCAUCAAGGACUUCUCCGACUUCCAAAAGACCGGCCUGGAUCUCGAUCGCAUCGAUCCAAGUCGCCAGUCGCAGGCUGACCGCUUCGACCUCGAUGCCGACGAUACGCACGACGAUGCCGAGCAUACCACCAGCCGCGCCAUCCUUGCUCCUGGCGCGACCAAGAAGGCCUGGAACUCGCUGCUCCGCUACUCGAUCGACUCGAAUUUCUCCAAGUCGACCUCGACAGCCUCGGCUGUCAAUGGUCACGCCAAAUCCGCCAGCAACGGCUCGGCUCCACAAGCUAACGGUAAUGGCGGCAUCCUUGCCUCUGUGCCUCUGAUCGGAUCGCUCACUUCCAGCACCGACAAGUCGGCCGCCUUCGGCGAAGUCGUCUCUGCUCAACGCGAGAAGAACACGCUGCAUGAGCUCGACGACACCCUCUACGCGGUCCUCCGAGCUAGCAACAAGGGCUUCCACGACAUUCAGCGUUUCCUGCUCAGCGAAGGGCUCAGAAGCCUCGAGGUGCUUCCCGAGCUCCACGUUCCCGAGAUCCUCGCCGAGUCCCUCAAGCUCUCCGCCCUCUGCUCUGUUGCUCGUAGCCUCGCUGGCGGCGAGAACGUCGACAACAAUGUCUUUGUUCGCAUCCGCUCGCUGCUCAGCGAGAGCGCCCCGAUCUACGACCCUCGUGUCCAGGGCGCUGCCCUUCAGAGUGUCGGCGUGCUUGUGCGCAACAACAGCGCGCUGGCUUUGCCCAUGACCCGCGUCCUCCGCCACUUUGUCACUUCGCCUAUCCCCAUCUUCCUGCCCAAUGCUCAUGGUGCCAGCUCUCCUGUGCUGCUCGCAGCAGCUCGCUGUCUCGCCUCGUGCGUCACCAUCGCCCCCGGCGACGACCUGGUCGUCUCGACCAUGUACAAUCUGCUCAACUAUCUUGGAAGAGACACUCCCGGUGGUCUCGGCGUCGGCGGUGUCGCUGGUAGCGGUGUUUCCGUUCGAAGUGGCGCUUCGCGCGCUGUCACUUCGCGGGACCAGGUCAACGGUAUCUCCAUGUCCGGCUCGCAGGCCAACAUCUCGGCCCGCUCCGAGGACCAGAGGAGGCUCAUCAACCUCAGCACCAUCACCGUCAUCUCGCGCCUCGCACUCGAGGUCGGCAAGCCCGACGUCACCACGCUCACCAUCUCGAUGCUCCUCCAGCGUCUUCGCAAUGCCGACGUCUCCGCGGAAGCCGCCAUCCUCGAUAACGUCGUGCCUCUGGCACUUGCUGGUCCGCGCAGCGCCUACAUCGAUGUCGUCAGAGCCCUCUCUGCCGUCUCGAGGAGCGCGCUUACUGGUGGUGCCAACCGUCGUGCGGCUGUCGCUGUUGAGUCCGCUCAGCUCAAGCUGGCUCGCGGUCUUGGUCGUCUCGACGAACGCGACGAGCGCGAUUCGGCGUCGUCGGACGAGAACGAAGCCACCGGCGGCCGCAAGGAGAUCUUCCUCGUCGAGCUGCUUCAGCUCUUCGCCGAGAAGGGCAUGCAGCUGCAGACGGUCGCUUCUUCCGGCAAGAGCAGCGCAGAGGAGCUCGCCGAGCUCAACACGGAUCUCGCCACUCUUCUUCCAGCCAUCGCGGCGGUUCUGGAGCACAAGGAUAUUCAGCCCGAGGUGCAGCCCACCACCGAGAUGGUGUCGCUCUUCCGCAACAUGUGGUUCCUCUCGGUCUUGUUCGGCUUUGCUUCGCCGAACAACAUUCGUGCCAGCGUUACUGCUGACGGUAACGCCGUGUCGCGACCCUCGUCGGCUGCCGAGGCGCAGGCCGAGAUCGUCGGCAAGGCGCUCAGCUCCAUCUCGCUCAAGACGCCCACCCUGGUGCCCGAGUCUGCGCACAACUACCUCGAGAGCGAUCUCGAGUACAACUCGGUGCUCAAGCGCGAGUUCUCGAACCAGACGCUCGACUCGCAGCGCAAGGCGCUCAGCGCGGUCAUCCCUACGCAUGCCUCGGACGUGCGCUCGUUCAGCUAUGCUCAAGUCACGUUCCUGUCCACCAUCUACGACCUCGAAUGCCUGCGCAGCCGGAUGGGAAGACCCUCGAUGGUGCUAUCGUACUUCACGAAUGAGGGUCUCAACAGCAGCGCGCUGGUGGGAGCUAUGCAGGCCAUCGCCGACAAGGUAAUAGAUUUCUUCAUUCGCGAUCUCGGUACGCAGGUCAAUAGGCACCUGUUGGAUCCACGCGUUGCGAACGAGGUCAAGAGCCUCAUGCUGGGUUGUUGCCAUCGCGUGGCGAAGGUGCGUCAGGUCUCGCAGAGCAUCCUCAACAAGUUAAUUUACGCGCUGCCGUCGCUGCUGUGCGAUCAGGAUGUGGUGACAACCAUGCUCGAGAUCCUUACGCUUCUUCGCGACGGCUGCGAGGCCGAAUACAAGGACGAGUUUGCUCCACAGUAUCGGUACGUGUCGGAGCGCGCCAACAUCGAGUUCGACCUAUCCGACUCGUAUACGCAGAGGAACGAGAUCCUCUCGCAGUUCCUCGCCAAGUCGCGCGAGUACCUCUCGCUCAUUCUGGCGCUGGCGCCGUUGGAGCUGCAGGGCAUCUUGGAGCGAUACCUCGGCACGUUUGACGACUCGAUCCUGCCGGACCGCAGCGAGCUCGGCAAGAGUGUUGCGCUCGAGUAUGCGCGUAGCAUGCCUGUUUCGGCUCGCAAAGAGCGUGCGCUGCCCAACUCAGGCGGUUGGCGAUCCGACGCCAGCAGCUCGUUCAUCGGCGAGCUUUCGGCCAAGAGCACGUACCUGGGCGAGAUGACCGGUAUCCACCUGGCGCUUACCAAGGGUCUGGUGGAGCUGUCGGAGGAUCCUACCAACACCAUGUCGCCUGCAAGCGUGGCCGAGUGCCGUGAACAGCUGGCAGCUCUGUCCAAUGAGGUGGGCUCCAAACGCAAGGUGCUUCCGCUGGCCGAGCUUCGUCGACUGCUCUACCGCACCGCUGCGCUCGUGGUUGCGCUGCCGGAGCCGGACUACGAGCUUCUGCACUUUAUCGUCUCGAUCCCCUUCCUCGUCUUCACGCCCGAGGCCAUCUCGACGGCUUGCUCGGUAUGGACGUGGGUGAUCGGUGCUCGACCCGAAGUCGAGACCAAGAUCAUGGUCGAGCUCACCAUCGGCUGGGCCAUGACGGCAAAGGCUCGCAAGGGUAUCUUCUCGUCGGGUUUGACCACCAAGCAUCCCUUCCUGCGAAAGACCGAGAUGGGCGCGUUCAACCGCGAAGAGAUCACCGCCGAGCAGGAGCAGGCGACGCGUCUGUUCACGCCGCACCUUUCGCUCAUUCACCUGAUCUCGAGCAGGUUCCAGGCGUUCCGGUACCGCGACCCUACCAUGGUGCUUGCGCUGGUUCGACUGCUGCAGCACUCGGGAGCUGCUGUGGACCGCAUGAGUACGCACCCUCUGUCGCGAGAAGCCAGAUUCACGCUGCUCAACUUUGGCUUCCGCCUGAUCCAGACGAGCCAGCUCGAAGGCUUGGUCGAGCAUCACUUGCGCGAGGCGCUGUACAGGCUCGGGUACGGCUGGUUCAGCAGCACGGCGCAGUGGUCGUUUGGUGGCAACCGUUUGCAGCUGAGCGCCGACAUGCAGGUGCUGCAGGAGACGCUCGAGCUGCUGCAGCGCGAUGUGGUGCGUGCCGAUCAGCACGUGACGAGCUUCCCGCCGACGCUGUCUUCGGUCCGCAUGCCCGGGGGGUUGACGCUGCAGGAGGCGACCAGGUCGUUUGCGGAGAAGAAGAGGCUGCUGCAGCUGCUGGUGGAGAACGAGGUGUCGAGGCUGUCCGUUUGGGCUAACCCGCUGAACAACAGCAGCAGGGGAAGCGACUUUGUGGGCGCGUUGAGCAAGUCGAUGACCGAGACGAGCUGGGGCGGGUUCGUCGAGUCCGCUUGGCGCAUCAGUCCGGUGGUUGCGGUUCAGCUGGGAUCGAGAUUCCAAUCCAAGGCGCUCAAGGGUGCGCUGGGACGACUGAUCCGAAGUCAGCCGUACAAGGUGGUGGAAGACCCGGCUGCGCUCAAGUAUCUGCUAGAAGACCAUCUCAAGCUGGCCAAGAAGGAGUCCUGCGAUUUGAAGUGGCUGCAGUACUGGGCAGCCGUCUCGCCCGUGGAAGCGAUCGACCUUUUCCAGCCGGAGUACGAGAACCACCCGCUGGUGCUGCAGUACGCCAUGCGCUCGCUCGAACAGCACCCGGUCGAGCUCACCUUCUUCUACGUCCCCCAGGUGGUGCAAGCCCUCCGCACCGACGAGUACGGCUACGUGGAGCAGUUCAUCUUCGAGACGUCCAAGAUCUCGCAGCUCUUCUGCCACCAGAUUAUCUGGAACAUGAAGGCCAACUCGUACAAGGACGACAACGCCGAAGAGGAGGACCCGAUGAAGCCCACGCUUGACCGGAUGGUGGACAACAUCGUUUCGGCGCUCUCGGGUGAGGCGCAGGACUUCUACGAGCGCGAGUUUGGAUUCUUCAACGAGGUGACGUCGAUCUCGGGCAAGCUGAAGCCGUACAUCAAGAAGAGCAAGCCGGAGAAGAAGGCCAAGAUCGACGAGGAGAUGGCCAAGAUCAAGGUGGAUCCGGGCGUGUACCUGCCGUCGAACGCCGAUGGUGUGGUGGUGGAUCUGGAUAGGAAGUCCGGUAGGCCGUUGCAGAGUCAUGCGAAAGCGCCGUUCAUGGCGACGUUCAAGGUCCACCGCGAGAUUGUCAAGCCCGGUGAUGAGGGGGAUGAGAAUACGCCGGCCAAGAAGACGGGCGUGGAUGUUUGGCAGGCGGCGAUCUUCAAGGUCGGCGACGACUGUCGACAGGACGUGCUGGCGUUGCAGGUGAUCGCCAUGUUCAAGAACGUCUACACCACGGUGGGUAUCGAUCUGUACCUCAAUCCAUACCGAGUUACGGCUACGGGUCCGGGAUGCGGUGUGAUCGACGUCGUACCCAACGCCACCUCGCGUGACGAGAUGGGUCGGGCCAAGAUCAACCACCUGCUUACGUUCUUCAUCGGCAAGUACGGAAAUCCGGAUUCGAUCGCCUUCCAACGCGCCCGCAUGAACUUCAUCCAAUCCAUGGCCGCCUACUCGGUCGUCUGCCACAUCCUCCAGAUCCGCGAUCGACACAACGGCAACAUGAUGAUCGACGGAGACGGACAUCUGGUGCACAUCGACUUUGGUUUCCUCUUCGACAUCGGUCCCGGUGGAAUGCGCUUCGAACCGUACAGCUUCAAACUCAGCCACGAGAUGAUCGACGUCAUGGGUGGACCGGGAAGUCAAGGUUUCAGGAUGUUCGAAGAGUUGGUCGUGAAAGCGUUUUUGGCGUGCAGACCGUACUGCGCAGAGAUUGUCGAUACGUGCAAGCUGAUGUUGGGUACCGAGUUGCCGAGUUUCAAGGGUAUGCCGACGAUCGACCGGUUGAAGGACAGGUUCAAGCCCGAGUUGGGGGAGCGGGAGGCGGCGGAGCAUGCAAGGUGGUUGGUCAAGGAUGCGUAUGGUAACAGGAGGGCGGUGCUGUACGACAAGCUGCAGGAGGUCACCAAUGAUAUUCCCUUCGCUAGGUGA